AGGUGUGAUGGGGUGUGGCCCCAACCCCUUUCUGGCGCCGCCUCUGCGCAGGUGUCUGCUUGAAAAGAGAACACGCACAUGCACACGGACGCACACACAGCACAAGAAUGUGGACGACAACGAUGCUCGCCAUGUGGAUCACAGUGUGUUUCAUCAUGAGAGGCUUUUCCACGACAACAGUCCCGCCGUUGCCGUCGACGAGCAGCCCGGGAACGGCCGCCGCCACGUCAACCAACAUGUGGACAGUUCUCAUGACAACCAAGCAGCAGCCAAACAACACCGGACAGUACACCACGGUUCCCGUCUCCGCAGGAACAAAUGCCAUCACUGGCGCCAAUGACACGACCGGGAAUGGCACAACCGCCAUGAUGACAUCCAUGCCGACAUCCGCCAACGCCACGUCCGCAACCACAGGGGGCGCUGCGAGCAACACCUCUAUACCAGCGGGUAGUGGUGCCAACGUUCCCGGUUGGGGAAUCGCUCUUCUGGUUCUGGGUGCUCUGCUCCUUGGGCUCCUCCUCCUCAUGCUCAUGGCCAUGAUAUUUUGGUGUUGCUGCAACAGGGGGCGUUACAACCACCCUGACGACAUCCCGCUGUACACCACGCACUCUCGACUUUGGAACGCCGAUUCUGCCCCCGCCUAUGACAUGGACAAAGACACCGAGAUGACCAAGUGAGGAGAUGUCACAUGACCAGAAUAUGUGUUUUUUUUGGGGGGGUGGGGGGCUGAUUGCUGAUAAUUCUUUAUGAUGAUUAAAUCAACAUGAUCGACGACAAUCUUGAGAAGCGGAAGACGUUUCGGCGCGGCCAAGGAACGCCUUUGUUUUCUUUUUAUGUGUUCUUUUGUGUGUUUUUAUGGUUCAAGGUUCAAGCGAGUGGGUUCGGCUCGGUGAAUUCAAGCACUGACGUUCUCCUUUGUCUCUGUGAAGAACGCGCCAAUUCAUCAAUCGUUAAUAAACAGCCGCCGACUGC